AUGAAUAAAGACCUUAUUAAUGUAGUACAUUACAAAUUUGGCGACGAGUGAAAAACAAUUUAUUUAAUUAAAAACUGUAAAUACAGAUAAAUAGUCAGUGCUGUAAUUACAGACAGCACAUUUAAAAAAAAAAAAAUUAUUAAAGCGCAUAACAACGCAUAUGUACAUACAUACGCAUACAAAACAAUAUGGCGAAGGCAGAAGUAAAAACGCCUGCAUUUUAUCAAAUGUCUAAUUUUCCUGAGUUUGCACCAAACAGCGAAACGUUUUGCAUUUGGAAGGAGAAGUUGGAUAUACAUUUUUGUGAAGUGAACAUUACUGAGGAAAGCGCAAAAAGGUCAACAUUACUAAGGUCGAUAGGAGCAGCACCAUACAGUGUCUUACACAUUCUUUGCAGCCCGGAAUCACCUGUCUCAAAAUCAUAUUUGGAGCUUUGCGGCAUACUCAACAUGCACUACACACCGUCCACUAUAAUUUUUCGGGAGCGCAAGAAAUUUCAUAAUGGGAUUAAAGAGGAGGCUGAAACAGUAUCGGAAUGGUACGCUCGUGUAAAACAAUUGGCACUAAAUUGCAAGUUUGGAGAACAUUUAGAGGUGUUUGUUUUAAAUCAAUUUAUCAUGUCACUCCCCACAUUGAUAUUUGAGAGGAAGAAGACGAAAAUUUGUCACUGGCGAUUGCAUUAAAGAAGGCCACGAUAAUAGAAACCAAAAUAGCAACAACAAGAUCUGAUGAUAGCGUUAACUACAUGGGCAGCGCACGUAACGGGAACAAGCACAAUGCAAACCGAAGUAACAACGAGAGCAGCAACGGAGGUUUUGGAAGCACUGGAAAAGGGCUGAACUCAAAGCAGAAGAGCGACGGCGAAAAUGGAAGAGGCAAAAGACAGCACAAACCAUGCACACAUUGCGGCUGGAGAAAUCAUAAGUCGGAUGACUGCAAAUACAAAAUGUGCACGUGUCAUUCAUGUGGCAAAAUGGGACAUUUAGCAUCUGUUUGCAGAUCAAAAUUUCAAAAAUCAGUAAAUUAUCGUGGCUUCAAAAUCCUCUGGUGGAGUUUAUCACCUGUCUGUAAUUAUGGACGGUUUCUCUACGAAAAUUGCUUGCGACACUGGUGCUCCGUGUACUUUGAUUCCAAUUUAAUUUUAUGAAAAGGCAUUAAACAAAAAACCACUGAGAAAAUGUCAAGUUCCAUAUGUCAGCUACAAUGGAGGCAAAAUUAAUGUUUGUGGUGAGUACGAUGCAAUAAUAGAGUAUGGAGGUGUAAAAAAAUAAAUUGUUGUUGUUGUUUCAAAUACAAAUAGUCCACCGUUGCUUGGAAGAACAUUUUUAAGAGCAUUCAAUUUUGAAUUGAUGCAAGUAAAUAGUGCAAGAGAGGUAGAAGAACAUUCUAUAAUUAUUGACAAAUUAAAAAUCGAGUUUUCUGAUGUAUUUGAACCUACACUGGGUUGUUACAAUGCUAUUGAAGUAGCUUUGCAAGUUAAAAGGGACUCAUCUCCAAUUUUUUUUAAAGCGAGACCUUUACCAUUAGCUUGGAAAGAUAAGGUAGAAACCAAAUUACGCAAUUUGAUUCGAGAAGGAGUAUUAGAGCAUGUUGACAAUUCUGAAUGGGCAACACCAUUAGUCCCAGUUUUAAAACCAAAUGGUGACAUCAGAAUUUGCGGAGACUAUAAAGUCACUCUUAAUAAAUCAUUAAUUGACGUCAAAUAUCCUUUGCCAAGGAUUGACGAUAUAUUUGCUGCACUUACAGGUGGUAAAUUAUACUCGAAACUUGACUUGAGCAAUGCUUACAAUCAACUAAGGUUAGAUGAGGGAGUCACAAAUGAUGUGCACGUGGAGUACACACAUUGGCUUAUUAAAAGUUAAAAGAUUACCUUUUGGAAUUAAAUCGGCAGCAGCAAUUUUCCAAAAGACAAUGGAAGGCUUGUUUCAGGGCAUUCAAGGAGUUGUUGUUUACCAAGAUGACAUCACAGUGACUGGGAAAAAUAUCCAGGAGCACAUAUCAAAUUUAAGAGCGGUUCUGAAUAAACUAAAGUCAGUUGGAUUAAAGCUUAACCAAUUAAAGUGUGAAUUCUUUAAAACAAAAAUUUGUUACUUAGGCUUCACUAUAGAUAGAAAUGGUCUAAGCAAAAAUAACGAUAGAAUUUCAAGUGUAUGUUUAGCACCAAGUCCAAAAAGCGUUUCGGAGCUUCGGGCAUUCAUAGGCAUGGUCAAUUAUUAUUCAAAGUUUAUAAAAAACUUCGCGCAAAUAAUGAAUCCAUUAUAUAUGUUACUGCGAAAGGAUAGCAAGUAUAUUUGGAAUAGCAACUGUGAAAAGGCGUAUAAACGUAUCAAAAGCGAGAUCGCGUCUGAUCAAGUCCUAGUCCACUACAAUCCUGACUUACCAAUAGUGCUGACAACUGAUGCAAGUUGCAAUGCUGUAUCAGGCAUACUUUCACAUAGAAUAGGGAAUGAACUUAAACCAAUUGCAUUUGUUUCAAGGGCGUUGACAAAAUGUGAAAACAAUUACAGCACUUUAGAAAAAGAAGGUCUAGCUAUUGUAUAUUGUAUUUGCAAAUUAAGGCAGUAAUAGUUGGGAAACAAAUUUAUUUUGCGCACAGAUCACAAACCUUUAUUAGGAAUUUUUGGUGAAAAUAAAGGAUUACCUUUGAUGGCAUCGGCACGUAUUCAAAGAUGGGCAGUAAUUUUGUCGGGCUUUGACUAUACAGUGGAAUAUAUUAAAGGAACUUCAAAUAUAGCUGAUGGUUUAUCCAGAAUGCCUCAUUGGGAAAGUUGCACAAAUGUUGAAGAAUAUCAUUAUAUUCAUUUUAUUCAAUCAAACAAUUCAAUCAAGCUUAGUUUCAAAGACAUUGCAAGAGAAACACGACGAGACCCAAUUUUGGCAAAAGUCAGUGAAGCUAUAAAGAAUGGCACGCUAUCGAAUUUAAAAGGUAGUGAAUUCUCAGCAUAUGUUAGCAAAUCUCAAGAGCUCUCUAUUGAGUAUGAAUGUGUACUAUGGGGAUAUCGUGUUUUGGUUCCACUUAAGCUUCGGAAACAAAUACUUCAUGAAUUUCAUAAGUCACAUUUAGGAAUUGUUAAAACUAAGAUGCUUAUACGAUCAUAUAUUUGGUGGCCUGCGGUAGACAAAGAAAUUGAAAAAUUAAUAAAUACAUGCAUUCCUUGUCAAGAACUGCAGCCAUGCCCAGAAAAAAGUUUUCUUAUUCCAUGGAAGCCUACAGAUACAGUUUGGAGUAGGAUUCAUGUUGAUUUUGCAGGACCUAUAAAAAAUUAUUAUUUACUGGUUGUUAUAGAUUCUUUUUCGAAAUGGGUAGAAGUUUACAAAACCAAAGAAAUUACAUCAACAUUUACAAUUAAUAAACUGCGUGAGAUAUUUUGUCGUUAUGGAUUGAUAGACACAUUGGUCAGCGAUAACGGACGACAGUUUACAUCAGUAGAAUUUCAAACAUUUUUAAAAAACAAUAGUGUGAAGCACAUUCUGACUGCACCAGGGCAUCCAUCAACAAAUGGACAAGCAGAAAACUUUGUUAAAACUAUAAAAAAUCAUUGUAUGCAAGUUUAAAAGAUAAUGAAAGCAGUGAGUUUGACACAAUUUUAAAUAGAUUUCUCAUUGAUUAUCGAAAUACUAUUCAUUGUACUACAGGAGAAUCACCAGCAAAAUUAUUUUUCGGUCGUACUUUAAAAACAAGGUUUACAUUUUUAAAACCACCUUUAAUAUCACAACAAAUAAUAAAACAGCAGAGCAAAAGUAUUGAAGAUUAUAAGGGAAAGCGAAAUGUAAAAUUUUCUAAGGGCCAGAAAGUUAUGGUUAGAGAUUACAAAAACCCUAACAAAGCUAGUUGGACACAAGCAACAAUAAUUCAACAACUAGGCCCUCGAUCAUAUUUUUGCAUUCUUUCUCAAUCGAACUAUAAAAAGACAUUUAGAUCCAAUAAGAAAUGAAAAUAUGGAAAAUGAUAAUAAAAUUAAAACUGAAGAGAAAAACGAAAGCACUGAUGUCGAAAGCAGUUCUCGGAACUCUAAUCAAAAUGAGACUUCACAUGAAGAUGAGAAUCAUAAUUCUUCUAUGGACCAACCAACUACUCCACCCAGAAGGAAUUUGAGACAACGUGCGGGAGGAAAGGUUGUCAAGAAUAUUUAAUAUUAUUUUUAAAGUAUGAAUUAUAAAAAAAAAUUGAAAUGUUUAUUCUAUAUUGAAAACAAUUACCAGAAUUGUACAUGGUAUUUUUGUAAAUUGAAUUAGUUUGUUAAAAGAAAUAUUGAAAUUGAAUGUACAGAUUCAAAUACAUAUAUGUAUAUGUAAAUAAUCUUUAGAAGGGGCGUGUUGGAUAUUAAGAUUUGUUUGCCGUUUUUAAAUAAAACCAACACAGCCACACUAAGAGAAGUUAGGAGGUAAGAGAACAUGUAAGAAGACGGAGAACGUAAUGAAGUGGCGAUGAAUAAAGACCUAACAUAAUGUUAAA